AUGCCAAUCUCCUGUACCGAUCAAACGACCGCAAUCAACACGAAUUCGACGUCGACCAUCACUCCACAGCAGAGUUACCGGUUGAGAACGACAUUUGUCAUCAUUGGCGCUUGUUUUGCCGGUAUCAGUACCGCCCAUCAUUUGGUUCAGGAAUUCAAAGGAGACCUUGAAACAGCACCCUCCAUCACGAUUUUUGAGGCCCGAGCUGCAUGUUCAGGGGCAACCGGAAGGAAUGGAGGACAUCUCCGGCCGGACUUUUAUGGGCAUAUCCCAAAAUAUAUUGAGCGGUCUGGUCCAAGGGCUGGGGCAGAGAUUGCGGGGUUCGAAAUUGCCAACCUGCGUGCCCGGAAGAGAUUCAUUGAAGAAGAGGACAUCGACUGCGAUUUGACUUUGGCGAGAUCGAUUGAUGUCUGGUGCAAUGAGCAGGCGGCAGAAAAUGCCAAGGCAAUUUACGACAGCAUGCGGGCGCAUAGAUUUGAUUACAUGGAUGAUAUCAUUUUUUAUACUGAAAAUAAGGCGGAAGGGUCGCAUGUGCCUCUUUUCACUGCCGGGACACUAUGGCCCUUCAAGUUUGUUAUGCACUUGCUGCAGGAACUGCUGGAGUCAAAGUUUGUUAAUCUGCAAACACACACACCAGUACAUUCGGUUCAGUCGGACAAGACCGGGGGGUUCUUCGCUGAUACCCCCCGCGGACAAGUACAUACUCGCAAAGUCAUAUAUGCCAACAAUGCUUAUGUCUCGGGAACCCUUCCAGAAUAUGCGAAGAAUAUUAUUCCUUGCAAAGGUAUAUGCUGCCGAAUUGCUGUGCCAGAUGGCAUUAUGCCUCCAUUGCUAAAUGACUCUUACAUCAAUCGAACCAAUAACCAUACUCUCUCAUACCUGGUUCCACAGCCGGAUGGAAGCAUUGUUGUUGGGGGCGCUGCUGCGAAGUUCAAGCCAUUCAGAGAGCAAUGGUAUGAUAAUGUGGAUAACACUUGCCUGAUCGAUGCGGCCAAGGAAUACUACGACAAUUAUAUGCAGCGCACCUAUCGCGGUUGGGAAGAUACAGGUGCCAAGGUUAAUACUAUCUGGACUGGUGUCAUGGGAUACUCUUACGAUUCGAAUUCACAUAUCGGCCAAGUACCUUCCAAAGACGGCGAAUUCAUAAUCGCCGGAUUCAAUGAUCAUGGGAUUCCCGUCAUCUGGCUGGCAGCCCAGGAGCUAGCACGAAUGGUUUCUCAGGAAAUUUCCUUCGAGGAGACAAAAAUACCUAGGCUAUUCAAAACCUCCGCGCAGCGCAUCAAUCAAGAAAAGCUAGGCCGAGAGGAAGAUGGAGAUAUUAUUGGUAGUUAUAAUCUGCCUGUUGCGAAGCCAUGA